AUGGAACCCUCGUCGACCAGCUCGUCCGGCCGUAGCCACAUCGACGCCCUCGAACUCGACGCAUAUCCGUCAGCACAGUCAGCGCAGCGAGCUCCGUCAGCACAGCCACCGCACUCUUCUCAUCCUUCCCAGUCUUCUCAUCCUUCCCAGUCUUCUCAUCCUUCCCAGUCUUCACAACCGUCAUGGCCGUCGCAGCCAUGGCACUCGCUGCAGCCUGGUAAUGCAACGCCAGGUCGAGCGCGCGUCAGGAUCAACAGCGUUGCUGCUGAGAUCCCCCCCUCGCCCACGCGCGAGCGGCCCAGCUUCAGCCGCAUUAGCGAGGCCGAGUCGCUCGACAAUGCUGACGACCAGACGGUGGCUGCCGCUGAGCAGCUGCUCAAGGCACACCACGCCGGCAACGCCCAGGCCGCGUAUAUGGCCCACGACGAUGCCUUUGACGGCUCGGAGCGCUAUGCCGUCACAGGUAACACACAAGGCGGCGUCUUCUACCAGCUGCUGCAGGCCUACAAGAAUCCGCUCCCAGCAUACGACAACAACAACUUCACUCCCUCCGAGGCCAGCAACAACUCGCCACCCCCUGCCCAGCGGCCUGGCUCCUCGUCUGGCGCAGCCACGCCGUCGCGCAAGAAGUGGUACCAGCAGGAGAAGGCUGCCCAAUCGCAAGAGACGCUGGCCACGCUCAUCGGCGCCUCAACCAAGCUCGCAAACCCAAACAACAAGAAAGAGGUCAGUUCGCGGCCGCCCAUGCACAAGCGCACCACCAGCGGCGGCAUCCUGGCCAAAGUCAUCAAAGCCAAGGACGACCAGGACCUACGAAUCAAGAUCCACGUCGCCAACAUUCUCAAACGUCAGCAGUACAUCAUUCGCAUGUGCCGCGCGCUGAUGCUGUUUGGUGCCCCCACGCAUCGUCUGGAGGAAUACCUCGCCAUGACAGCAAAGAUCCUCGAGAUCAACAGCCAGUUCCUGUACAUCCCUGGCUGCAUGUUGAUAUCCUUCGACGAUGUCUUGACGCAUACUACAGAGGUCAAGAUCGUUCGUACCGCCCAGGGUGUCAAUCUCGGCAAGCUCAAGGACACCCACGAUAUCUACAAAGAAGUCCUACACGACGUAAUUAGCCUGGAUGAAGCACUGCAACGCCUCGACGAAGUCAUCAGUGCCAAGGAUCGUCACAACGUCUGGCUGUGCGUCGUCAUGUAUGGUGCAGCCUCGACAGCCGUUAGUGUCUUCUUCUCAUCCCGACUCAUCGACAUGCCCAUCAUCUUCGUCAUGGGCUGUCUGCUUGGUAUCCUGCAACUGGUCAUAUCUCCACUCUCCAAGACAUACAGCACUGUGUUUGAGAUCUCAGCCACCAUACUGAUGAGUUUCUUGGCCCGAGCGUUUGGGAGCAUCAACGGCGGCAGCCUGUUCUGCUUUUCUGCAAUCGCGCAAAGUGCCAUUGCCAUGAUUCUACCGGGCUUUUUGGUCCUGUCCUCGGCACUGGAGCUGCAGUCCCGUGCCAUCGUUCCCGGCUCGAUCCGCCUUGUCUUCGCCAUCAUCUAUUCGCUCUUCCUCGGCUAUGGUAUUACUGUUGGAACAGCCAUCUACGGUGCUAUCGAUCCCAACGCUACCAAUGCGGAGACUUGCACUGACCCGUUGAACAAGUACUGGAACUUUUUGUUCGUUCCGCUCUACGUGUUCUUCGUGACGUUUACCGUGCAGGCCAAGUACAAACAAAUGCCCGCGAUGAUCGUCAUUGCCACAGCAGGAUACGUCGUCAACUUCUUCGCCAACAUGAAAUUCACGUCUUCCGCGCCCAUUGCUUACACAUUUGGAGCCUUCGCCGUGGGUGUUCUUGCCAAUCUUUACAGUCGACUAAGGCACGGCGUUGCAGCAGCAGUGCUCUUACCUGCCGUAUACGUGCAGGUUCCAGGCAGCCUUGCGUCAAGCGGAAGCAUCACUUCUGCCCUCCAAACGGCUUCGGCUCUGAUUAGAGGCUCUGCUGCCGCUGACAAUACUACUGACAGCCUCAACUCCAUUGUUUUCAACGUCGCAGCGUCCAUGAUCCAGAUCGCCAUCGGUAUUACCGUCGGCCUGUUUAUGGCAGCGCUUCUCGUCUACCCGAUGGGCAAGAAGCGCAGCGGCCUAUGGACAUUAUAG